AUGCAGACUGCUUCUAUAAACAUUUGGAAAGAAUGUGCAAUAAGUCCAUCCUGGAAAUUUCCUUGCUAUUAAAUAUUCCACGGUCAACUGUUAGUGGUAUUAUAACAAAGUGGAAGCAACUGGGAACAACAGCACACAAGUGGUAGGCCACAUAAAAUGACAGAGAGUUGUCAGUGCAUGCUGAAGCGCACAGUGCACAGAAGUCACAAACUGUCUGCAGAGUCAAAAGCUAAAGACCUCCAAACUUCAUGUGGCCUUCAGAUUAGCAUAACAACAGUGCGUAGAGAGCUUGUU